UCAGUAGUUUUCUGCAGAAAGGAAGUGGCUCCAAGUGGUAAGAAGUUCAGAAGCAAGCCUCAGUUGGCAAGAUACCUGGGAAACACUGUUGAUCUCAGCAGUUUUGACUUCAGAACGGGAAAGAUGAUGCCCAGUAAAUUGCAGAAGAACAAACAGAGACUAAGGAAUGAUUCUCUCAAUCAAAAUAAGGGAAAACCAGACUUGAAUACAACUUUACCAAUCAGGCAAACUGCAUCAAUUUUCAAACAACCAGUCACCAAAGUUACCAAUCAUCCUAGUAACAAAGUAAGAUCUGAUCCCCAGCGAGUGACGGAGCAGCCGCGACAGCUUUUCUGGGAGAAGAGGCUACAAGGCCUCAGCGCAUCGGAUGUCAGUGAACAAAUCAUAAAAUCCAUGGAGCUACCUAAAGGUCUUCAAGGAGUUGGCCCGGGUAACAAUGACGAUACCCUGUUAUCAGCUGUUGCUAGUGCUUUGCACACCAGUUCCGCACCUAUCACGGGGCAGCUCUCUGCAGCUGUUGAGAAGAACCCAGCCGUCUGGCUUAAUACAUCUCAGCCCCUCUGCAAAGCUUUCAUAGUCACGGAUGAUGACAUUAGAAAACAAGAAGAGCGGGUGCAACAAGUGCGUAAAAAACUGGAGGAAGCACUAAUGGCAGACAUUUUGUCACGAGCGGCUGAUACAACAAAAGAUAUAGAUGUAGAAAUGGAUAAUGGAGAUGAAGCAUAA